AUGUCCAAUCUUACUACUUACCAUGAACGCGCGUUCGUCAUCAGUGCGCCGAUUCCGCUCCGCUGCCUGGAUACAUCCAUUACUUCUCUUCCACCUUCUUCCACCUUCCAUCAUCCAUCGUCCUCCAUCACGCCGGACAUCAUGAACAUCAUGGUUUCCCAGCCGCAGCCCGACACGGAGCUCACCAUCCAAAUCAAAGCACUCCUCAACGGCUUCCGACGCUCAAAGGAUCAACCCAAACUGUCGCUCGAAGAGUUGUCAGUCGCCAUCAUUACGAUCCAUCCAGAGUUGACACUCCUCGAACUUCAACGCCACAUCCUCAAGGCCUUCAAGUACUACAACGACGCCGCGGUUGAGGGCUCCAUCACGCGCGGCUAUCAAGGCUCCUGGAUCAUCUCCCAGUUCAACAGCACAUUUGCGACUCUUCUACGUCGCUUCGACCUGCCAUUUGAGGUCUUUCAAGGUAAGAACGAGGAUGACGAGGACGGGGAUGAACUUUUCGUUGGCCCUGCCGCUGCACAGAUCUUCCUUCAAAAGCACCUUCCCUCCCCCGCUGUUGAUACUAACAAGGGCCCAUUCCCGUUUCUGAAACUACCGGCAGAGCUGCGGCUGCAAAUCUAUGGCUUUUGCCUUGGGCUUCCCAAGAGUGGGGUGUCCGUUCGCCAGGCCAAUCGACACAGUCCGGCGAAGGAAGUUGUCGUGCGCACCAAGAACUUCGACGAGGAGAUGCACCUUCCCGAUUGGGAGACCGACACCAGCCCCACAGGCGUGCGCGCGCGGUGGGAUAACUUCGCAUUUCGCAAUCGCCACGAUGGGUCUCUUACCUGCCCAGUGCUCCGCACACAUCUCGUAAGUAAAGCGAAUGGCGAAAUGAAGCGUAUGGGAUGUCGUUGGAAACCGAAAUGGUCUUGCAAGGCGCUAAGUUGGUCGACGUUGCUGACUUCCACCCUUAACUUUCAGGCACUGCUCCGCGUCAACAAAGAGAUCUUCAACGAAGCCAUGCCAGUCUUCUACAGCAUCAAUUCGUUUGUAUGUACGGACCUCUUCCACCUCGACAUCUUCCUUGCCACUCUGGCGCCAGAGAGGAGGGAGCAGCUGAAACACAUUUCCUUCUUCUACACCAAGGCCACUUACGCCAAGGCCGCGAAGGCGUUCAAGAUGCUUGGCGAGAUUGAGAAGCUGAAGCGGCUGGAUAUUAUGAUUGACGAGGAGGACUUUGUUGGGUUGACCAACUCAAAGGGCGUGCGCAUGUUCCCAGAUGUGCUGAAGUUGCCAGGAUUCCACACGCUCCGGUCCAUGCGUGCGGUGAAGACUGUGCAGUUUCAUGGAGAAUGCGACACGAUCCGAGAUGCGCUGCAGAGUUGGGUUGUCGACAAUGAGGCCAAGGCUGCGCAGCCAAAGAAGAUGAAGAAGAAGACGACGAAGCCGAAGAAGAAGAAGAAUAGGAAGGCAGUGAAGAGUGCCAAGAGGGUUGCUCCAGUUGUUGUUGUUGUUGAAGAAGAAGAGGAUGAGGAGGAUGAGGAGGAUGAAGAGGAGGACUCCCUGUUCGGCGUCACCACGGCUGAUUCGAGCGAAGCUGGCGAGGAUCUCACCACCGAGAUGGAGGAGGCGCAAGAUCUGUUCCAGGAAACCGCCUCGGCCUCUCCAUUCUACUCGGGGUACUACUCCGGUGCUCCAUCGCCCGAGUUCGGCGAAUCGACCACCACCGGUACGAAACUGCAGAGUCCAUUCGAGUUCCAGUCAGGAUCGCACAUGGCCAAUCGCUUCCAAAUGCAGAUUCCAUCUGCUGAUCCAACCUUUGCCCGCUUCAAACAGAAUGUGGCGGCUUCCGAGACAUUGACGCUGCCAGCUCUGCAGCAUGCGCAAGUGCCCAACCAGGUCAACACGAUGAUGGCGCCGCCCGUGUUCUUCCAUCACCCAAUCUCGGACGUUGCGGUGAGGCUGCAGAUACAUGGUACUGGUCAGGCAGGUGAGUGGAUGCCGGAGGAAGGCGUUGAGGGGGUACAGAGACGCAAUGAAAUGGAUCCGGGAAGCCUGUUCAUCUCAAACAUGGAGGCGGCCUCUGUCGCAACUUCCUAUCCUGAGCCCGGAACGUACGAGAUGGAGGAUCUUCUGAUGGACCAUGAUGAGUAUGAGCUUCUGCAGUAA